AUGGAUAGCUGCAAGAAGAACAUGCUCUUUGUAUCCACCUACGGAUUCUUGACGAUGUUCAUGUCUCUCCAAGUUUCUUCUUCAACUGGCACAAUCUCUAACUUAAGUUAUCUUUCAAUGUUCGAUACCAUUGUUUCUAGUGGUGGUGUCUUCGAACUCGGUUUCUUUUCUGGCUCAUAUGUUGAAGCCUAUUUGCUUCAUAGUGGUAAUCUAGUGCUGAGAGAUGGGCCUAAUUCAUCCGCCAAUGUGUCGUGGCAGAGUUUUGAUGAUAUCUCGGAUACUUGGCUUCCUGGUGCUAAAAUACUCCAGUGGAGCAACUACAUAAGAGGAAGCAAUUGUCUCACUUCUUGGAACACCUUGGAAGAUCCAUCACCUGGUCGUUACUCUCUUGAGUUUGACAAUAUUAAUAGAGACUCUCUCGUCAUGGUUUCAAAUGGAUCUAAAUCAUACUGGUCGAGUGGGGCAUUGGAUGAUCAACUUAGCCUAUUCAAGCAAUCUACAGAAAUGAGUUUCAAUCGUAGCUUGAGCUUUGAAUUAAAUGUGACUGAGUCGUCCAUCACAUAUUCAGUACGUAGCCAAAACCCAUUUCGUUUGGUUAUGGAUUUUUCAGGACGGCUAAGGGCGUACACUUGGGUUGAGAAGUACAAAAGGUGGAAUUCUCCUUGUACUGUACCUAGCCAUAUAUGUAAGGCUAAUCGUUUAUGUGGGUCGUUUGGGAUCUGCAACGAGCAUUCAAAUUCAACCUGCGAAUGUAUUCCUAUCCCAAGACGAACAGACUCUAAUGAUACAUCUGGUAGAUGUGUAAGCGAAACCUAUUUAACCAAAUGUGGCAAAGGAAAUGACAAGUUUCUUCCUCUUCGGAACAUGAAACUAGCCACUUAUCCAGAAGAAAGGGUUUUGACAAAAACCUUUCCAACUACAUGUGACUCAGCUUGCCUAGCUGAUUGUAGUUGCAAGGCCUAUGCGUAUGAUGGGAACAAGUGCUUGAUUUGGGAAGGAGAUAUCUUCAAUCUCCAACAACUUGAUGCAAGUAACCGAGGAAAGACGUUUUAUGUCAGAUUUAAUAAUGACACUGAAAUUGUGAAUUCGAGGAAUGCAUCAAGGGCAAAACAUCGUAAAGUAGAGAUGUCUAAAGUCAGAAACAUUGUGCUACCCGUUUUACUAACACUAGUAGCAGCUGCUGCGAUUUCUAUUAGUUGGUAUUGUUACUUUUCAUCUAUACAGAGAGGCAAAAGAGCACCAAAAGACAAAAAGCAGAGCAAUGAGAUACCGGAAGAAGGCAUAAUUGAUGAUGGGGAACACAUGUUUUACCUAAAUUUACAUGAUAUAAUGGCUGCAACGAAUAAUUUUUCAGAGGAAAACAAGUUAGGAGAAGGUGGUUUUGGUCCGGUCUAUAAGAGAAAUCUACCUAAUGGCAUUGAUGUGGCGAUCAAAAGGUUGUCAAAAAAGUCAAGCCUGGGUUUGAUAGAGUUCAAGAACGAAGUGGUUUUUAUCAUAAAACUUCAACACAAUAACCUUGUGAGGCUUUUAGGAUAUUGCGUGGAAGGAGACGAAAAACUCCUUAUCUACGAGUAUAUGUCCAAUACAGAGCUUUGGGGCAUGCAUAUAGAUCCACUUAAAUCCAAGUAUAUGGAUUGGGAGAAGCGUAUGAAAAUAGUAAUUGGGACUACAAAAGGUCUUCAAUAUCUGCAUGAAGACUCUCGUCUAAAGAUCAUCCAUCGAGAUCUUAAGGCAAGCAACAUUCUUCUUGACGAUGAGAUGAAUCCCAAGAUUUCAACCGCAAGGAUCUUUGGUUGCAAACAGAUCGAUGACAGCUCCGAAAGAAUUGUCGGGACAUUCGGCUAUAUGUCACCGGAAUAUGCGUUAGGCGGAAUGAUUUCGGAGAAAUCAGAUAUAUUUAGCUUUGGAGUACUGUUAAUAGAGAUCGUAUCAGGCAAAAAGGCGACCAGGUUUCUUUAUAACGACCAAAAACACAGAAUUAUUACUUAUGCAUGGGAAUCUUGGUGUGAGACAAAAGGUAUAAGCAUUGUAGAUGAAGCAUUAGGUGAUUCGUAUCCUUUAAAAGAAGUGAUGCGGUGCGUUCACAUCGCGCUUCUUUGCGUUCAUUAUCAUCCAAAAGACAGGCCGACGAUUUCGAAAAUUGUGUAUAUGUUGAGCAACGAUCACGAUCUCCCAAUUCCAAUUCAGCCAACGUUCACAAACGUGCUGAACAGCAAUCAACGGUUAGUGCCGUCUGAUUAUGUGUUCUCUAUUAACGAAGCAACACAAUCAACAAUGGAAGGACGAUGA